GGCGUUCUAUCGCGAAACGGAUUGACUGUUGCGGGCACUGACUGUGGCGCAUGAGAGUGCGUGUCGGGAUGUAACGGCCGCCUGUCCGUGUAACAACACCGAAUUUCAACACACAAACGAACAUUAAAGCCCAGGGGACUCCGAGGAUAAGACACACCGGGAGAGCGGGUGCAAAAACAAGGGAGUUCUUUUUUUUACGACAGCACGGAGCGGAGACAGACACGGGAGCGUGGCAGGAGACGGACGCUCGAGCAAACCCAACCGACACCGCGCGCAGAAAUGGCGGAGCACCACACAGUCAGCGACGGCAAGCACAAAGCGUCCACCAAUGCCGGGAGCUCGGCGCACGGGAACAGCCGACCCGGCGCCGCGGGUGGAGGAGGGGGCAAAGGAGGCCUCUCCGGCGGACUGACACAACCGGCGGGGUGGCAGUCGUUACUCUCGUUUAGUAUUCUUUUUCUGGCCUGUCUGGCGGGAUUCAGCUCCAGACUUUUCGCCGUGAUCCGGUUCGAGAGCAUCAUUCACGAGUUUGAUCCGUGGUUCAACUACAGGUCAACACACCAUCUCACCACAAAUGGCUUCUACGAGUUCCUCAACUGGUUCGACGAGAGGGCCUGGUACCCCUUGGGUCGGAUCGUCGGUGGCACAGUCUAUCCAGGGUUAAUGGUGACUGCGGGCCUCAUCCACUACAUGCUUAACCUGCUCCACAUCACCGUCCACAUCCGGGACGUGUGUGUCUUUCUGGCGCCCGUGUUCAGCGGUUUGACCGCCAUCUCCACCUUCCUGCUGACCCGGGAGUUGUGGAACCAGGGCGCAGGGCUGCUGGCGGCCUGCUUCAUCGCCAUUGUCCCUGGCUACAUCUCCCGUUCUGUGGCUGGCUCUUUUGACAAUGAGGGCAUCGCGAUCUUUGCUCUGCAGUUCACCUACUACCUCUGGGUGAAGUCGGUGAAGACGGGCUCAGUAUUCUGGGCUAUUGGCUGUUGUCUGUCCUAUUUCUACAUGGUGUCGGCAUGGGGAGGCUACGUGUUUAUCAUCAACCUGAUUCCCCUGCAUGUGUUUGUGCUGCUGCUAAUGCAACGCUACAGCAGAAGAGUCUACAUCGCAUACAGCACCUUCUUCAUUGUGGGUCUCGUGUUGUCGAUGCAAGUCCCUUUCGUUGGGUUCCAACCAAUCAGGACCAGUGAGCACAUGGCAGCUGCCGGUGUGUUUGCACUUCUCCAAGCCUAUGCCUUCCUGCAAUACCUGAAGGACAGACUAACCAGACAGGAGUUCCAAACACUGUUCUUCCUCGGAGUCUCUCUUGCUGCCGGCGUGGUCUUCCUCACAGUCAUCUAUCUCACGUACACAGGAUACAUCGCUCCAUGGAGCGGCCGUUUCUACUCUCUGUGGGACACGGGCUACGCUAAGAUCCAUAUUCCCAUCAUAGCGUCAGUGUCGGAGCACCAGCCAACGACUUGGGUUUCCUUCUUCUUUGAUCUCCACAUCCUGGUCUGCACCUUUCCAGCAGGCCUGUGGUUCUGCAUCAAGAACAUCAAUGAUGAACGAGUGUUUGUGGCCCUGUACGCCAUCAGUGCCGUCUACUUUGCCGGGGUGAUGGUGCGACUGAUGCUGACGCUGACUCCGGUGGUGUGCAUGUUGUCGGCGGUGGCGUUCUCCAGCGUCUUUGAACAUUACAUGGGAGACGACACAAAGAGGGAGAAGCCGCCCGCCGAGGACAGCAGCGACGAGGACGACAAGAGGAAUUCUGGGAAUCUCUACGACAAGCAGAGGAAAUGGCACAGGAAAUGGCAAACAGACGUGAGGCGAAGAAUCAGCAUGGAUGUGAAGGCUCAUCAGGGAACAGACAGACAGAAGCCAGAGACGCUGAGGCAGGAACGUGGUGAGGCCGGGAAGGUGCGCAAACAUGUGUCGGAGCAAGAGAAGGCAGAGGAGGGUCUGGGUCCCAACAUCAAGUCCAUCGUCACCAUGUUGAUGUUGAUGCUGCUCAUGAUGUUUGCCGUCCACUGCACGUGGGUCACCAGCAACGCCUACUCCAGUCCCAGCGUGGUGCUGGCCUCAUACAACCAUGACGGGACACGGAAUAUCCUGGAUGACUUCAGGGAGGCUUACUAUUGGUUGAGACAGAACACAGAGGAGCACGUGCGCGUCAUGUCAUGGUGGGACUACGGUUACCAGAUAGCCGGCAUGGCCAACAGGACCACGCUGGUGGAUAAUAACACGUGGAACAACAGUCACAUAGCGCUGGUGGGGAAAGCCAUGUCGUCCAACGAGAGCGCGGCCUACGAGAUCAUGAGGUCGCUGGAUGUGGACUACGUGCUCAUCAUCUUCGGAGGCGUCAUCGGCUACUCGGGCGACGACAUAAACAAGUUCCUGUGGAUGGUGAGGAUAGCGGAGGGGGAGCACCCAAAGGACAUCAGGGAGAGCGACUACUUCACGCCACAGGGGGAGUUCAGAGUGGAUAAGGCUGGAUCACCAACUCUGCUCAACUGCCUCAUGUACAAGAUGUCCUACUAUCGAUUUGGUGAAAUGCAGCUGGACUUCCGGACGCCACCUGGCUUCGACCGCACACGUAACGCCGAGAUCGGAAACAAGGACAUCAAGUUCAAGCACCUGGAGGAGGCGUUCACCUCGGAGCACUGGCUGGUCAGGAUCUACAAGGUGAAGAACCUGGACAACAGAGAGCCGCUGGACCACAAGCCUCGCAGCGUCGCGCCCAAGCAGAAGUACACCUCCAAAAAGACCGCCAAGAGAAAGCGAGGACACAUCAAGAACAAGUUUGUCCUGAGGAAAGGCAAGAAACUACAAAAGAAAUAACACCAUGGUGCUGAUGAUGGACUCCUCUAGGAAAACAAACCUCCAACCACCAAUGAAGAAGAACACGGCGGGCUGUUUCUGUGGCUCUCGUUCUCCAGAGCGUCUCAUUAGAGCGCCCCCAUGUGUUGAGGAAUUUGAAGUGUCAUAUCUGGCUCGUUCCAGAACUAUUGUCCGUUUUAUUCUGAGGACUGCUGUCUUGCUUUUUUCCCCCCUUCUCUCCCUGUUUUUUUGUUUUCUGUAACAUUUUUUUAACUUUGUACUUGAAUGUGUGGCGAGGUACAGGGCUGCUCUACUCUACUUGGUUUUUGGUGUCUGUUGAUUUUUUCGGUACGUGAAUUAACUGCUUAUCAGUGUGUGUGUGUGUGUGUGUGUGUGUGUGCGGGGGGUUUGGGUGAAAGGGAAGCGAGAGGAAAAAUAAGAACAUUUGCACCAAAGACCCAUCGACCUUGUUCCGCGGCACAUGUGGACUUCCUGCUGAGAGUGAGGAGGUUCAGGAGUGAAAGCUGAGGACUCUGUUCCUGACGCGUGUACAGAGGAGAGUAUGCGGCAUGGAGGAACGUUACCGUCGAGGCACAGUUCAUCUGUAAUGUUCGUCUUUAUUUUUCAACUGAUUCGUUAGAGAAAAAAAAAAAAAGAAUUGGCCUAAUGUGUAAAUAUGUGAUGUAAAGAAAAUGUCUAAAAGGAUGAUAAUAUAUUGGAUUUACUGUGGUGAUUUUUAAAUAUGCAGUUUUUUCCUCUUCAUUUCUUUACGUGAUUGUUUAGUUUUUUUUCUCCUCUCUUCGUUUUUGUACGACAGCAGAUAGAACAGUGAAUGCAAUAACUUGUACAGAGGGGCUCGACAUUUCUGUUGAACGAGUGAAUGUGAAUUAUUUUUUUUACAAAGUUCAAACGUUUCUUUUUUCAUGGAUUGCGUAGAUUGUAAAUUUCUGCUGCUAGGAUUUAAAAGACGGAAGCAAAGCAACUCAGUGUAAAAAGUAGUGAUAAUAAAUGAGGGUCUGAGGGAACUCUCCAGGCGAGCGAGCAAAGCUUUAGUGCCUCAUCACUGGUCUUCAUCACCUCGUUGAUUUGUGUCGGUCUAUACCUACGUUCUGUUCAGCUCAUCAGCCGCAUCGAUGCGGGCGGCCUGGGUGCAUGGACCGGGCCGAGGCGGGCCGAUGCGGUCCGAGCUAGACUGUUGAAAUGUGAAGAGGUGUUUAAAGUCAGGGAGGAUCUGACUCGGCUCAGAAAACUUCCAUCACUGUGUGGAACGUAAAGAUGCUCCACACCUGUGUCCCAACCCCACACUGCAUGCAAGUCUUAAAAGGUAACGAGUGUGUAGCUAAGUCACGUUGCUGUUGGAACCAACUGUAUUAAAAAUGUCAAAAAAUAGCAAAUAUCCUAUUUCUCAAAGUCCUCUGUGAUGUGUUUAUGUCUCAUCUUUGCCUGAGGAGCAGUUUAAGAAAAAAAAAAAAUGAAAUUGACUGGAAAAAAUAGUCAAAAGGUCAGAACGAGUUCUUUUUCCCCUCAUCAUUCAUUCAUGAUUAUUGGAUGAUGAAAAAACUCCAACAAAACCAUUUAUUGAGUAAAUCUCGUGUGUUGAUGUAAAAAGAAAACAAGCCUUGAAUGAUGUUUGAGUAAUGAUUGCUUUAGUUGUGUCGGUGAACUGUUAACAUGUGGACUGUGAGUUGGGACACAGCUGUAAUCAGCAGUAACAUGUGACUUCUGCACUGUUCUUUAUCUCCAUGUUCCGCUUAGUUCAACACUAAAGGAGUUUCUGUGCGUGCACGCUUGGGCUAAUUUGAUUUGUUAUCAAGUAAAUGACACAUGAAAAGACUAACAUAUCAUACAGACAUUACUUUUUUGUCCCCUCUCAUCGGGAAGUGACCGUUUGCUCUCAGAGACGACGCGUCACCAUUCCACGGUCACGUUUCAGGCUCUUAUGCUCUUUGAGUUCUCAUUCAUCAGGAGGAGAACAUUGAGACUUGCAGUUUGUCACCUUCUAUUUUUUGGUUGUUUUUUUUUUAAGAAGGAACAGUGGGAGUUUCCUUUGGUCUGUUAAGUUUCCCGUGUCCCUCAGUCGCUCAGUGCUUCUCUGUCACUCUUGAGUUGGAUGCAGUCCCCUCCCCCGCUUCUCUGCUCACCCUCAAAGUUUACAUUUUUACAUUUGUCGUUCUGUUCGGCCAUCUUUAAAUAUACACUUCAAUGAAAA